AUUCCUCAUUGCUCAUCACGUCGGCUCUGGAGCUUGAGUCAUGUUUAUGCAGCGGCUCAGAAAACAGGGCGUGGAGCAGGUAUUAAAAGGCCCAGCUAUGCAGUCGUGUUCAAACCUGACACAGCCGCCGUCCCUGCACCACUGAAAGGUCCUCAUGUCGUACUCCACUAGCACUAUCGCCAAGGGCUGCUUUGGGAAGGUGUACAAGGAGAAGUAUAAUGACACGUGGGCUGCGGUAAAGAGGGUCCCUCAACAACUCAUCAGUAGGAAGGACCUGGAGAGGGAGUGUGACGUGUACAACAAGGCAAAUCAUCCCAACAUAGUGAAGCUUCUGGGCAACAUAAGCCUCAAAGACGGGAAAUGGGUCAUUCCUUUGGAGUUCGUCUUCGGGGAGGACCUGGAAACCACCAUAUUCAAAGCAGCACAGUCCAAAAUACAGCUGACGCCAACUGUUAAAGGCACCAUCAUCAUCGGCAUGUGUGAAGGUUUGUUUCACCUUCACUCCAAAGACAUUGUCCAUCAGGACCUCAAGCCUGACAACAUCAUGGUGGAGCAUCAAACCAACCGAGCGGUGAUCAUUGAUCUGGGACUGGCCAAGUUCUUCCGACACGGUCUCAACUCGGCUGUGGACAUGGGCAACGAGGCGUAUUCUGCUCCGGAGGUGCUGCAGAGGCACAGCCAGCGGGACCAGCGCUCCGACGUGUGGGCCAUGGGGAAGAUCAUCGCCGAGCUCUGCGCCCGGAUCCGGCUGUACACGCCCAGCGUGUGUCCAGACAAGAUCAAGGAGACGCUGCGCGACCAGGCCUUCUGCCACCCGGUGUGCAGGAUGGUGGAGCCCAACCCGGCCCUGAGGGCCUCCAUGGCAGGGGUCAUGAGUGACAUACGGAGGGCGGGAGGCGGCUUCAUCACCAAUACGCACCUUCAGAAGGACCUCCUUAAGCCGCCUGCACCCGGCAACUACGGGAGAAACCAGUCUCCAUCUCCAGUCAACAAGCCUCCAAUACAGCUCAACAGGGAUCCAUCGCCGCACAACAGGGAUCUACUACAGAACAAGGAUCCACUGCCACACAACAGGGACCCAUCGCCGCACAACAGGGAUCUACUACAGAACAAGGAUCCACUGCCACACAACAGGAAUCUACUAUACAACAGGGAUCUACUACAGAACAAGGAUCCACUGCCACACAACAGGGAUCUACUACAGAACAAGGAUCCACUGCCACACAACAGGGAUCCAUUGCCACACAACAGGAAUCUACUAUACAACAGAGAUCUACUACAGAACAAGGAUCCACUGCCACACAACAGGGAUCUACUACAGAACAAGGAUCCACUGCCACACAACAGGGAUCUACUACAGAACAAGGAUCCACUGCCACACAACAGGGAUCUACUGCACAAUAGGGAUCCGCCACUGAACAAAGGGCCUUCACUGCUGAACUGGGAGCGAGCUCCUCGACCACAGCCAAAGAUCCAGAGUCCUCCACAGGCUCUGCAGCUCCAUUCUCCACCCCAGCUUCCAAAGACAGAGGACAAGAACAAGAACCAGGCCGUGGUCCCAGUGGGCGGAGCCAACGUCACACGGGAUUUCAUGAAGAUGAGGUUGUACCAGGAAGCUAGCAAGGAUUUGCCCUGUGACCUGCCUGCGACCGGCAGGGUGGUGGUGCGGCGCUUCGAGGAGAAAGAUGGGGAGGUGGAGACGUGGGAGCAGAAGGAGGUGGUGAUGUGUGACGGCAGGAUCAUCAAGUUUGACAAUAUCAAGUUUGACUCAAAAUAAGGGUAGAACUGUUCAGACCCAGGUGUGCAGGGAUGGGUUGCAUGUGAUGGGUUGUUGAGGGUCACUCCACUUUGGUUUCUUCUACGGAGAGCAUGAUACUCAGAGCUACAGGAGGACGGACAGACUGUAUCCUCAUGGUGUGAAUCAGCUUUGAUCGCGCUCUCACACGUGCGACAGCCACAGCUGCAUUGGGAAUUAGACUGAGGUGAAUCACGUGUAAGCAUGAACAAGCACCUGGGAAGGUUUUUCCAGCAUCUGAAUGUAUUAGACUGUGAACAUGCCUCAUAUGUAAUGUGUACAUUAUUGACAUAUUUGCAGCUGUCUUUUUGUUCUCAUGGAUUCUCUCACUUCUAAGCAAACAAUUAAACAAAAUAAUAAAAGGAUUUGCUCCAGAUCAAACUGUGCAAUAUAUAAACCUGUAUUUGACCUUUGACCUGGAGCCUAAUUGACCACACUGCGCCCUGAUCUGUGCCCUUGCGUGUAUCAUACUGCAUAAUGUAAGAUUUAAACCCACUGCGUGUGUGAGAACCAAAUAAAAGACUAUGUUGUGCUCCCA